AGCAGCGACAAAAGCAGCAGCGGCAGCAGCAGCAGCGGCAACAGCAGCAGCGGCAGCAGCAGCAGCGGCAACAGCAGCAUCAGCCCAAAGGGAAUAAUAGAGGGAGCAGCAACAGGUGCAGCAGCAACAGGUGCAGCAGCAACAGCCACGCAGUUUUUUCCGCAGUAGCAGCAAAAAACAGCAGCAGUAAAGUUUGCAGAAGAAGCAGGAGCAGCAAAGACUGCAGCAGGAGCAGCAGGAGCAGCAGCAGCAAAGUCUGCAGCAACAGCAGCAGCAACAGCAGCAGCGAAAACUGCGGCAGCAAGGCCUGCCGCAGCAGCAGCAGCGCCAAUAUUGCUGCUGCAUCAGCAGCAGCAGAGAACAGGCAAAGAAUUUUGGCGCUGCCGACAGGCGCCGCCUCUCUGGGGUUUGCUGCUUUUGAGUCUGGCUAUGUUGGGGUGUAUGUACACCCUCCUUCUGCAGCUGCAGCAGCAGGAGUUGAAGCAGCAAGAGGCGCAGCCGCAGCAGCAGCAGCAGCAGCAACAGCAGCAGCAGCAGCAGCAGCAGCAGCAGCAGCAGCAAGGAUGGCACUCCGCUUAUUUCAAAAGAUUAACAGCAAUGUAAAAGACAAACUCGGGGCUAUUGAAGCACAUCUACAAGCAGAUAAUCUUGUAGGACGCCUUCACUCUGUGCUGUCUCCUUUGCUGCCUGAAGCAGCAGCAGCAGCAGCAGCAGCAGAAGGAGCAGCAGCAGGAGCAGCAGCAACACCCAACAGAAGCAGCGACAAUGGGGGCCUUCAGCUGCAGCACAGGCAAACAAUUCAAAUCGAUGAUGCUGCUGCAGCAAAACUGCAGCACAUCACACAGCAGCUGCUGCUGCUCAGCAAACAGCUGCAGCGGCAGCAUGCGCUGCAAACAGCUGCAGAACAGCAGCAGCAGCAGCAGCAGCAGCAGAAGCAACGGGCAGCAGCAGCAGCAGCAGCAAAGGCGGGGCCUCUGUACCCUGUAACGUCGAAUCAGCACAGCAUUGAGUUGCUCUGCAGCAUACUGCUGCUGCGCUCCCCUGCUGCAGCAAGCAGCAGCAGCAGCAGCAGCAGCAAGGAGACAGCCUCAAUUGCUGUAGAGGAAGCAAUACAGACUGCGCUUGAGCUGCUGCUGCUGCUGUGCGAGCCCCCUCCGCUUGUCAGCGCAAUCAUAGAGCAGCAACAACAGCAGCAGCAGCAGGAAGCUCCGAUGCCGGUUGUUGCAGCAGCAGCAGCAAACGCCGCUGAAGCAAAUGCAGCAGCAGCAGCAGCAACUGCAGCAGCAGCAGCAGACUGGACGAGCGCGUACGAAACUCCUGAAGAGUUGCAUGUCUUUGCUGCGUUGCAGCAGCCUCCAGCUGCAGCAGCAGCUGCUGCGUUAGCAGCAGCAGACAGCUGCAGCAGCAACAGCAACAGCAGCAGCAGCAACGGGGCAGCAGCAGAGAGCACUGCAGGAAGACUGUUACGGCUGGAAGCUGCUGCUGCUGCUGCUGCUGCUGCUGGGGCUCCUGGAGGGGCUGCUGCUGCUGCUGCGUUUGCGUCGAGCGACAAGCAAACCGCAGCAGCAACAGCAGCAGCAGCAGCAGCGCAUUUGCUGCUGCUGCAGCGCGUCUGCUGCAGCACAGGAGGCGGGGAAACCAUCGUCAGGCUGCUGCAGCUUAGUAGCGCAGAGCUGGAGGUCGAUUGCUUGCUGCUGCUGCGGCGGCUGCUGCUGUACAGCAGCAGCCUGGAGCACUACACUCAGCAGCAGCAGCAGCAGCAGAAGGGACGGGGAGCAGGAGAUAGCGUAGCAGCAGCAAUUGCUGCUGCUUGCUCUGAAGGAGGCUGCUGCAUGCAGCAGCUAACAACAGCACUUGCUGCAGACGGAGCAGCAGCAGAAGCUCUGCGUGUGCACGCGCUGCAGCUGCUGCAGCUGCUGCUGCUGCUCUCCCCCCCUAUGAGGACUGCAUGCACGAUACAGGGUGGGCUUGAGGCUUUGUUGAGAGUAUUAUCGCUGGAGCUGAACUACUCUGCUGCUGCUGCUGCUGCUGCAGCUGAAGACAGCAGCAGCUGCUCUCUUGAUGCUGCAUCAUCCCAGGCUCUCGCAGCGCUGCGUUGUUUGCUGCUGCUAGCAGCAGAUGAACACGGGCGGAAGUAUAUGCGCGAAGCUCAGCUGCUGCAGCAGCUGGUGCUGCUGCUGCACUUCCUGCAGCAGCAGCUGCUACAGCAGCUUCUCAGCGAGCUGCAGCGGCUGGUGGUAGGAGACACUCUAUCAAGCGCAGCAGCAACCCCAGAGAAGCAGCACCCUAGCAGCAGCAGCAGCAGCAGACGUAGCGGGCUAGAGAGUAUCUGCAAGGCGACGAAGCUGCUGCUGCUGCUGCUGCAGCAGUUUGUUGCAUCCAGUGAAGCUAAAGACGAUGGGCUCGCGGGGCAGACUGCAGCAUCAGCAGCAGCAGCAGCAACAGCAGCAGCAGCAAGACAAGAAGGCAGCAGCACUGCAGAAUUUAUACGUAAUUGUUUGGCGCUGCUGCGUUGCGAUCUGCCCGCUACUUGCUGCAAGUUUGCUGCUGAGUGUGCUGCUGCACUGCAGCAGCUGCAGCAGCAACUGCAGCAGCAUCAGCACCAGGAUCCGCAGCAGCACGACGCGCAGCUGCAACAGCAGCAGCAGCAACUCCUGCUGCACUGCGAUGCAGCAAAACAUAUCCUUGGGGAGACGUUGGCUCUGCUUGUUUCUGCUGCCAGAGGGGCAGGUGCUGCUGCUGGUGCUGCUGCUUUAGCUGCAGCGCAGCAGCAGCUGCAGCAGCAGCAGCAGCAGCAGCAACUGGACCCUCUAUCAUGGUUGGUGCAUGCAGCACUUGUAUCGUCGGGAGAUGCUGAGCUGCAGCAAAUGCUGCUGGCCUCAAUAGACCUUCUCCUCGCAGGCAACUCGCCGCUGCAGCAACAGCUGCUGGAGCAAAUUCUUGCUGCUCUUGGCAGCAAUUCCCUGCAGCAGCAGCUGCAGCAGCAGCAGCAGCAGCAGCAGCACGGUGAAGGCGCUGUGAUGAGCAUGGCUUUAAUAUCGACGCCUUUGCUGCUGCCGCUGGUGAAGAUGUCGGAGCAGCAGCAGCAGCAGCUGCAGCAGCAGCAGCAGCAGCAGGUGGUUCCUGCAGGCCUCCGUAUUGCUGCUCUCUUGCACUGGCUGGCAGGGUUUGCUGCUGCUGCUGCUGCUGCAGCCGAGGGCACCGCAGCAGCAGCAGUUCUCGCAGCAGCCAGCAGCAAGGACAGCAGCAGCUUCAGUGGCUUCGCAGCCAACUCAGCAGCAGCGGCAGCAGCAGCAGCAGGAAGUGCUGCUGAUGCACUGCUGCAGCAGCGCCUGCUGCAGGCUCGUGCUGUGCUGCAGCUGCUGCUGUCUACUGUACACAACAACCUUCCUCUGCUGCAGCAUCUGCUGCAGCAACCCGUCUGUAUGAUGGGGGAGGAGCAGCAGCAGCAGCAGCAGGAGCCGCUGCUGCAGCAAGCAGCUACUCGCCUUCUACCGAAGCUUUUGCAUGCCCUAACUUUAGAGGCUCCGAACUCCCGACAAGCCGCCGCGUGGUGUGCAGCGGGGCUGCUGGCUUUGCUGCUGUCUGUCCUGUCUCCUCCAUGCAUUGCACUCCCUGCUGCUGAUCUUUUGAGCAGCAGCAGCAGCAGCAGCAGCAGUGGCAGCAGCGGCAAGCUCCAGCCGGUUGAAGGAGAUGCAGCAGCAGCAGCAGCAGCAACCGCUGACUUCGCCUCAGCAGCUCAGGCCCCUCUGGCUUCGUUGCUGCUGUCUCCCCUUGGUGUUGUCUCCCUUGUGCGGCUGCUGCAGCAUGAACAGCAGCAGCAGCAGCAGGACGAGGAGCUGCAGCAGCAGGUGCUGCUGCGCGGCUUUGCUGCGGUGCUGCUGCAGCAAUCCAUUGAAGUCCUUCGGCAGCAAGAGGCCCUUGCAGCUGCCGAUGAGCAGCAACCCUCCGCUGCUGCUAACAGCAGCAGCAGCAGCAGCAGCAACAGCAGCAACAAGAGCAGCAGCAGCAGCAGCAACGUUGCUGAAGCCUUGCUGACUACGGCUGGUGGGUGUUUAGGCGGUUUGCUGCGUUUGCUCUUCUCUUCGUUUUGUCUCUGUAAACCCUCGGCAGCAGACACGCAAAACCCUCUUGCUGCUGCUGCUGCUGCUCCUGCUGCUGCUGCUCCUGCUGCUGCUUACCCCCCUCUCUUUAAUCAAAAAUGCCUCACGGUAUACCUGCAGCAUCAGCAGCAACAGAAGCAAGUGCAGCAGCAGCAGCACCAGCUGCAACAGCAGCAAAAGCAGCAGCAACAGAAGCAACUGCAGCAGCAGCAGCAGCAGCAGCAAAAGGCGCUGCUGCUUUUGCCUGCUGCUGCUGUGGGUCUGCUGCGGCUGCUGGCGGUGCGGGGCCCUCGACAACUUGUGAAGGUCUUCCUAGCUAGAUGCACCUCUGUGCCUCCCCAAGCCCCAGAAGCGUCUCUUCUGUUGCAAGCUAGACGCGUUAUUCGCUGGCAGCAAGAAAGCAUUGAAUCUCUCCGGUACAGUCUUGCUGCUGCUGAGAGACACUCUGCGCUGCUGCAGCAGGCAGCAGCACCUGAGUUGUUUGCUGCUCUGGCAGCAGAGACAGCGACGCUAGGGAAAGAGGUGCAGCAGCUGCAGCAAGGACGAGCAGCAGCAGCAUCAAGAGCAGCAGCAGAACGGCUGCUGCUCUCGCGAGAAGCCUCAGAAACAAAGGCACAGCUAAACGCGUUGCUGCUGGAGACACUGCAGCAAGAAGCAGCAGCAAAGGAGCGUGGAGAGCAGGUCGCAGUUCUUCAGGCGCAACUCGAGGCAGUGGAGAAGCCCGCGACUGACCUGCAGCAAGAAGUCCGGCGCAUUUCAGCAGCUCUUGCAAUGCGCGACAGUCAGCUGCAAGCAGCAAACGAGCAGCUCGCGGAGCUACUCGCCUUGCUCGAGUUAAUUGCUGCACGUCUACCGGAGUCGCUGCAGUAUAUGUGUCCACUGACUGAGGCCCCCUGUCUGUACACCGCAACUGCUGCUGCUGCUGCUGCUGAUGCUGAUGCUGAUGCUGAUGCUACGGGUGCGGCGGAUGCUGCUGCUGCUACUGGCGCUGCUGCUGCUGCUCCCGAUGGGCUAGCAGGAACGGUAAAUAGAGCAGCAGCAGCAACAGCAACAGCAGCAGCAGAAGCAGAAGCAACAACUCGCUGGGGCUGGGAUCCUCGGUCGAUGCAGCAGCAGCAGCAACAGCAGCAGCAGCAACAGCAGCAGCAGCAACAGCAGCAGCAGCAGCAGCAGCAGCAACAACAAGGGUCUCUGACUAUGCAGGCAGUCCCUAGUACUACAGCUGCUGCGGCAGCAGGUGCAGCAGCAGGUGCAGCAGCAGGAGCUGCAGCAGCAGGAGCAGCAGCAGGCAGCGGCCAUCCUAGCAGCAGCAGCACAUACAUUACCAACGGGGCCUGUAGCUAUUCGCAUGCGACAGAAAAGACAAAGACAGCAGCAGCAGCAGCAGCAGCAGCUGGAGCAGCUGCGGCAGCAGCAACACAAGCUGCCGCAGCAGCAGCAGACCACGAGGAAAAGGGUAGGCUUGACGGGUCUCAGCAGCAACUCACUGCGCAGCAGCAGCAGCAGCAGCAACAGCAACAGCAACAGCAGCAGCAACAGCCACAGCAGCAACAGAUGGAGUGGGCACAUUGGCAGCAGCGGGAGGAAGAGCGACUGCAGCAGCAGCAACUGCAGCACCAUCUGAAUUACAAACAGCAGCAGCAGCAGCAGCAACAGCACACUUUCAGAGAGGAGCAGCAGCACGACCGGCAGGCUUAUGAACCGCAGCAGGAACUACUGCAUCAGCAUCAGCCGCAGCAGCAGCAGGUCUACGAUCAGCAGCGGCUGCAGCAGCUGCAGAAGCAGCCAUACGAGCAGCAGCAGCCUCAGCAGCAGCAGCAGCCGUACAAUCAUCAGCAGCAGCUGCAGCAUCAACCGCAGCAGCAGCCGCAGCAGCCGUACGAUCAGCAGCAGCAGGCUCAGCAGCAGCAGCAGCAGCAGCAGCAGCAGCAGCAAGAUGAAGAGGCUGAGUUUGCUGAGUAUUACGCAGCAAUCUCUGCAGUCGAUCCCUCAACCCUAACCCCGCAGCAGCAAAUUGAGUUUGAACACUUUAAGCGCCAGUGGGAGCUGUACAUACACCACCGCAGGCUAGCCAGAGCAAGCAACAGCAGCAACAGCAGCAGCAGCAGCAGCAGCAACACAGGCGUGAAACCGCAAUCUUAG